AUGCGCGGAGGACUUUCCGCAGCACUCCCCGCGCCCUUCGUCGCCUGUCGUUCCGCGCCUCCCGCGGUUCAAGGUUCCGCCUGCGUUUCCGCGCUCGGUAGCACCCUCCGGAUGCCCGGAGUCGACGUUUGCUCGUUCGCCGUUAGCUUCUCCAGUCGGCUAACCGUUACAGCCUUGCCGACCGUCGUCAACUUCGUCGUCGCCUCAAAUCUGGAUCGUGACAUCGCCGUCAGUUCCGGCGCAACUCCCGCUGGUAGUUCUGGAAAAAGCUGGCGGAAGGACGGGGCGCACCGCGGAACCACUCUCCGCGCGCAAGCCGCCAUCCUUGCGCCGCCGCCGCCCGUUGCGGAAGAGCCAGAAGCGAUGACGGACACGGGCCGAGGAGGGGGAGACGGCGGAUCGUUUAGGGGCGGAGGCGGCGAAGACGGCGGAAGCAACGGAGACGGUCGGUCGGGCGGAAGCGGAGGCGGCGGAGGCGGCGGGGGAGACGCUGGCGGAGACGAGAGCGGGAGGGGCGGAGAUUUCGGCGCGCUCUUGGGAUGGCCGCGCGUCGAGGCGGUUUUGCUGCGGAAGGGCGUAACGCUUCCGGAAGAUAUGCUGCUACACGCGCGGGAGCACGGUAUAUCGGAAGUGAUUCUACAGAGGUUCUUGGACCUGCAAAACUCGUCGCUGGGCCCCGCUAUAAGCAACUGCGCGGCGCUUCGCAACCGCUUGCUGAUGGACCCUUCGUUCCUGUUCAAGGUUUUCUCAGAGAUCGCCAUCGAUUGCGCGUGCGCGACGUUCGCGGAGGUGCAGAAGCGAGGCGACGAUUUCUGGAAGGAGUUCGACCUGUACCUCUCGGACAUGCUCGUUGGGAUCAUCAUGGGUGGCGCCGUCGUGGGCUCGCUCGCGCCAGCCGCGCGAUUCGCCACGUCAGCAGCUGGUGGACGGUUGCCGCGCAUCUUGCCGCGCGGGGUUUCUGCUGCGCUCUCGGCGCUCCCAAGCAGUGUGUUUGAGGCAUCCCUUCCGGGUCAUAAGUUUUCAGCUGCCCAACGAACUAUCACCCUCUUCGUCAAGGGCAUGGAGUAUGGAGGGUUUGGCUUCGCCUCGGGCCUUCUGGGUCAGGGGAUCGCUAAUGGCGUGAUGACUCUGAAAAGAAGUGUGCGGCAGAAGGGAGAGCCUGCUCACGCAGAGGACAACCACGUCAAACCACCACCGCUCUUCAAAACAGCUCUCCUCUGGGGAGCCUUCAUGGCAGUUUCCUCCAACCCUAGGUACCAGGUUGUCACAGGUUUGGAGAGGCUGGUUGAUGGCUCGGCAGUGGCUUGGAGCCUGCCAUGGCUGUCAGGCUCGUUCACGGUGGCGGUGAGGUUUGCUAAUAACAUUUACGGCAGCAGCCAGUUUGUGGAUUGGGCGCGGAUGGCAGGUGUGCAGUGA